CAUAGAUGAUACACCCUGUUCGUAAUCUGAUUUUACAUCCCUAGACAUUUGUCUCCCUCUCACGCCAACACGGCCUAAGCCUCAAAUCUGCAAGUGUAAGGCAAUCAUCAUGACAUCUAACCUCGCUCAUAUCGCCAGCAAAAUCCAACAGCAGGUCUCAGAGCUGCAACCUAGUAAUGAAGAACAGCGAUUGAGCCUUCUUCAGUCUGCCCGUGCCCUCGUCAACGAACUCGAAAAACCCCAUGAACGCAUCAUGCGCAUGUGCUAUCAUGAGAGCGCAAUCUUCAUGGCAACAAAAGUUCUCAUUGACCUGGGCAUUUUUAAAAUCCUCACAAAGACCUCCGAGCCAAUAACCGCAUCUAAGCUAGCCCAAGAUACUGGCGCAAACCGUGCUCUUGUAGAGCGUCUCCUUAAGCACGUUGCAGUCGAGUUCUUCGUGGAUGAAGCCGGGCCAGAUACAUACAUUGCGAACGACAUCACACGGUGCAUUGCAUCAUCUGGGGGCCAAGGAACGAUCGAGGAUACAUUCCAGAUCGUCCGCGUUGCCAACGCGGUUCCUGACUUUCUAAGGGAAACCAACUACGCGAAUCCGACGGACAAGGAUAAGACUACGUGGAAGUAUGCGUACAAGACAGACCAGCACUAUUUCGAGUAUGUGAAUAGUCCUGGGCGGGAGCGGAAUCUAGAGGCGUUCUGCAAUCAUAUGGAAUUCAAGACGGUUGGGCUAAAGUGGUAUGAAGUGCCGGAGAUUAUGGAGGCUGCGCUUGGGGAUGCGAAGGUUGGAAAGGAUGAUGUCCUGCUUAUUGAUGUUGGAGGCAACGGUGGACACGACUUAAUCGGCUUUCAUACAGCACAUCCGUCCAUGCCAGGCCGCUUGAUCCUCCAAGACCUUCCCGCAAUCAUCCAAUCCCUCGACUCUGCUGCGCUAGCCCAGCAGGGCAUCGAAGUCAUGGGUCACGACUUCUUCACGUCCCAGCCUAUCCACGGUGCUAAAGCGUACUAUCUCAAGAUGUGCCUACAUGACUGGCCGAACCCGCAAUGCAUUCAAAUCCUCUCACAACUAAAGCAUGCCCUGAAGCCCGGGUAUAGUAGGAUCUUGUUGAAUGAGAUUGUGGUCCCGGACGAGAAGGCAGGAUGGUUUGAAACUAGUGUGGAUCUGCUAAUGAUGCAGGUGCAUUCAGCGCAGGAGCGGAGGGAGCGAGAGUGGGUAGCUUUAGUGGAUGCGGUAGAUGGGUUAAGGGUUAAGCAUAUAUGGGAUGUGGACGGGGCCGUGGAGAAGGUUAUCGAGAUUGAGGCGGUUUGAGGCACUUGGAAGCAAACCUCAUUUAGAGUUCUGGUUCUAGAAGUAAAAAAACAUCCAGCUUCCUAGUUAACUCGGGCUAGAUGGCGAUGCUGUCAUGUAUGCAGCCACCAAGGUCAGUCACAGCUAAACUCCGUAAGUUAUAAUUGUAAUUUAUUUUUAUAC